UUUACCCCAGCUUCCGCUCUCUCGGCGACGGCUACAAGGUGCUCAGUCAGGUCUUCUUCGGGCCCAGGUCGUUGCUGCCCUACGCAAAGGUCUUCUUCGGGCCCUUCGCCGGCGACGAGCACCACCAGUAACACACUGGACUACAAUGGAGAACAUGCGUUAUGCUGAGGAGCUCGUGAGGGAGUUUCUAGUUUUCAGGGGUUUCACAAGUACGCUGCAAGCGUACGAGUCAGAGUUGUCUACUGAGAUUGGCAGGAACUUUCAAGCAGAUAAGAUCGUGGAUUUGGUGUUCUCAGAGUAUGUACCGAAGUACCAACUGGACAGGUUGGUCGGUCUGUUUGCCUUUUUCAAGCAGUGUUUCAUGUCACCUGCGGACACAGAGUUGUUCUCUACCCUUGUUAAGUUGGAGCUGUCAGCAUUAAGGUACUAUGUUAUUAAUGCUUUGAAAUCUGGAAGACAAGACAAAGUAAUUGAAUUCUUUGGUGAAAAUGGCAAUUAUCUGUUGCAAAAACGUGGAGAUUGGUUGGCAUGGUUUGCUAUUCCAUAUAUUAAGAACCCAAGCUUGGAUCCGCAGUUCCGUGUAUAUUUCUCCAAAGAGUGGCUGGACACUUUGGUUCUUUCAUUCAGGAAUUUUUUGAGCGGGAUAUUCAAUGAUACUCGGACCCCAGCUCUUAUGAGAAUUAGUAGUGAAAAGAAUACCAUCAAAUCCCUCAAGAAUGACAUAAAGCAACUGAACAAUAAAUUGGCGGAGCUACAAGCAUCCUUAGAGGCGAAGGAAGAUGAGAUCUCUCAGUUGAGGAGGAACUGUAAUAGUGCUGGUUAUGGAAUCAAGAAUGUAGUUGGUACUAGUACAGUUGGUUUCCCUCAUGAAGAGAGAUCAGAAAACUAUGAAGAAUCCUCGGCCUCAAGUAGCAUGAUACAGGGUUUUGAUUCUCGGUCCUCAAGUUCAGUGAAAUCUUAUACAAGAGGUGGGAAAUUCCAUGAAUCUUCUGAGAUAAGCCAUACAGAGGAUGAGCAGGUUUUGGUGACUGAGGAAGACUUUCCUGAAGUAAAAGUGGAUUUCCAGGAAACAUUUUUAGGCCAUAACAGUUCAAUUAGCCGAUGUCGAUUUUCUGCGUCUGGGUCAAAUAUUGCUAGUUCAUCAAUCGAUGGUACAGUUAGGAUUUGGACAUAUGAUUCAUCAACACCAUCAUCCAGAAAUGCUACUAUAUACUGUGGGUCUGAAGUCAGUGCACUUUCUUGGGAAUGCAGAUCUGACAGAUUGCUGCUCAUAGGCACAGCUAAUGGAGGAAUUAAGGCUUGGAAUGCUGAUGCAAAGAGAGUUGUUUGCGACCUGAGUACAUCUAGAGACUUUCCAAGCAUCUUAGAUUUGAAAUGCAGCCCUGUUGAACCUGUGUUUGUCUCUGCAGCAGCAUCAAGACGGCAUGGGUCAACUACAUUUGAGAGAACAGGAUUUGCCAACUUGACCGUGUGGCAUAUGAAAACAUGGAAACCAUUGACAGUCCUCCCUCUUGGCGAGGAUCCACCUGCUAUUACUUCUCUUUGCUUCAAUCACAAUGGAAAAAUUUUGGCAGCGUCUGCUACAGAUGGAAUGAUUCACAUGUUUGACAUGUCUGCUGGUCUUCAAAUUACAGGAUGGCCUGCCCAUGAUUCCCCUGUGAGCUCAGUUCUUUUUGGGCCAGCAGAAACUAGCAUCUUCAGUUUAGGCUCAGAUGGAAAGAUAUUUGAAUGGAGCUUGCACAAUCAAGGUCAAAUUCUUUGGUCAAGAGAUUGCAGCAGAUUUUGCAAUCCGGAGAGCUUUAAAACACGAAUGCAUGAAAUAGCAUUGGAUUCAAAUGGCAAGAGGCUGCUGGUUACCUCCGGUUUGGUUCGGGCCCCAAUAUAUCAGGUACAAGGCCAUGAAAGUGGAUUGAGGACACUACCCCACAGUUCAUCUAUCACAAGUGUGGAUUGGCAUCCAACACUGCCAAUGUACAUCACUGGGUCUGCAGACCACUCUGUCCGGGUCACAUCUAUUUUAUGAUCUAUAAAACAAGGUACUGGCAACAAUCUUUCCUAGCAUGCAUUGAUCCUUAUCGACAGUCUUAUCCAUGUGUGAGGCUCGGUGUCAUGAUAUUUUGUCCCAUGGAAGAUGAACUGUGUUUUUGUUUUGUCGCUGCGCUGUGUCUAGUUCUAUACCCUUUGGUGGGUUGUUCCAACAGUUUUGUUGUUGUAAACAGGCCUAGAAUUAGAAUUAUGUGAUCGUGUACACACUAGGGAAGACUGAAAUGUUUCAGGCCUCUUCCGUUAUUCGAACAUUGUCUCAUCAAAAGCAUGUGAAAGAUGAAUGCAUGAUUUCAGUCUCGUAGUGGCUGUUGGUAAGUAGGAACACCUUAUGGCCUCUGUCCACUGUAACAUCGAGGCCUUUCAUGUUUCUCGGAAACCAUGUUUUGCACGAAUACAUUGAUGUGCUACAGUUUGAGGUUGAAAUUUACUGUACCAAUGAACAUUGUUUGCAACUUGUAUUGAAUUUGUAUUCCACGUUUGAAGUAUAUCUAGAUCAAUUGA